GCCUGGAUCGCUUGGACAGAAAGGCUCUUGUAUUCUGAUUUAAAAGUUGUGAUUAUUUACUAUCAUCGCGCAUCACAACCAUAUGAUAAGUCUGAAUGGAUAAAGCGCUCUGUUUGCUCCUGCUGACCACAUGGGAGUUCUGCCCGCCCAACGCUCCAAUCCCUCAAAAGGCCAUCAUAGCUGGCCACGAUUCGGAUGGCUCUCCGCUUUACGUAGGACGGGCGAUCCACGAAGGUGAUCAACUACCAGGGAAGGUGGCAGCGAACAGGCAUAUGGCCUACGUAAGCUAUGGCGGCCGGGAGUAUAGGAAAUCGGCAUUCGAUGUGCUGGUCAACGGCAACGUGUCCUGGGUACGGUCUGGGUUUGGCGAAGUACCACGAAACGCCAUUUUGGGUGGCCGUACCUGGAACGGAGAGCCACUGUACAUAGGUCGUGCAAAUUAUAGGGGAAGCCUAGCACCAGGCAAAAUUUUCCAGAGACACAGGACGCUUUACAUUUCGUACGGGGGCAGGGAAAUCUCGAUCAGGGACUAUGAAGUCCUGGUAGAGAAUUAACAGUGCUGUCGUCGUCGGUAGUUUUUAGAAGAAACUGCCCUGCCAAGGAGUUCUACGGAGUUGUGGCAUUGAAAUCUCCAUUCAUCUGGCUAGCUAGUCAGAUGAGAAAACGGGCAUCCGUGCCUUGCAUUUACAGAGAUUUCAUUUCCCAGAUACGUAUUCAAACACUUAACAAAAACGUAAAUAGCUUUUCCAAUAAAAAUAUCGUACCG